AUGCCUAGCCGCCGCAACCUCCAGAAGAGCCUCGCCGCAACGCUGUUGUGCGCAGGUAACCUUGCCUCCGCCGGCCUGGUCUACGUCUCUUCGUACUCCCAGACCGUCACGACGCUCAACUACACGCAUGGCCAGAACACGGGCAUCCAGAAGCUGAGCCCCGUUGCCGUGUCCCAGAGCUGCUCUGACAACCCUUCGUGGCUGACUCUGGAUGCUCCCGACUCCAUCCUGUACUGCAUCAAUGAGGGCCUGAACACCCCCAAUGGUGCUCUGACUGCCUUCAAGACAUCUCCUGGUGGCACUCUGCAGAAGCUUGGUCAGGUCAGCACCGCCAAUGGCCCUGUGAGCGGCGUUGUGUUUGGCAACAACCGCCACGGUCUGGCUCUGGCUCACUAUGGUGGCUCUGCCUUCACCACCUGGGACGUCUCCAACCCUGCCAAGCUGAAGCUCCUUCAAACCAAGAACUUCAAGCUGACCGGCCCUCCUGCCGACCCUUCUCGUCAAGAUGCCCCUCACCCUCACGAGGCGGUCCUCGACCCCACGGGCAAGUUCUUGCUCGUUCCUGAUCUGGGCAUGGAUCUCAUCCACCUCUACUCUUUCGACCCCAACACCUUGGCUCUCAAGGACAUCACCCCCGUCAGCGUCAAGCCUGGCUCUGGUCCUCGACACUUGGUCUUUGUCGUCAAGGGCAGCAAGACCUUCGCCUACCUCGUCACUGAGCUGGGCAACACCAUCAUUGGAUAUGACGUUACUUAUCCCAAUGGUCAGAUCAAGCUGACUGAGAUCUUCAACAUCCCCAGCCACGGCGCAGGCCCAGCUGAGCCCAGCAGCUAUGCCGCUUCCGAGGUUGUUGUUUCUCCUGAUACCAACUACCUCAUCGUCUCCUCCCGCGCUGAGAACAGCACCACCAUCCCCGACUUCGACAACCCUUCAGUCACCAUCCCCUCCGACCCCCUCAUCAACUUCAAGAUCGACGCUGCCACUGGCCAGCUCCAGGUCCUGCAAGUCGUUCCUGCUGGCGGCCAGUUCCCCCGUCAGUUCUCCAUCAACAAGGAGGGCAACCUGCUCGCCGUUGGCCUUCAGGAUGACGGCCGCGUUGUCUUUGUCGACCGUUGCCCCGAAACUGGCUUGCUGGGCGGCUUUGUGGCGUAUGCGGAUAUCGCUGGUCAGAUUACCUCGGCCAUCUUUGCGUAA